UUUCACUCUAUUGAGGAGUUUUUGAGUGGCUUGGGAAUGAAUUGGCGAAACAUUCCGCGCUUUCAAAAAAUCAUUGAGCAGUUUGACCAAGAAAGGUUUUUAGAUGAGGAGAGACUUGGAGAAAGUUUAACCGAAGAGGAAAUUAAUGAAUUUAUUCGGCAAAUUGACAAACAAUUGACUGAAAAAGGAAAAGAAGAAGUGAAUUUAUUCUAUACUGCCGUCACCCGAGCGAAAAAGGAACUUUAUUUAACUGCUAGUUGCCAAGAAGAAUGCUCCCGAUUCAUCAAAUAUUUAAAUCCUAGUUUAAUUGAAUUGCAGCCAAGCGAUUUAAAAUUAACACCAACUAGUUUAGGCCUAAACCGGCAUGUAAUUUCGGGUAGUUCAAUAGCGGAAAUAGUUGGUGAAAGAGGCGAAGAAGAACAAAGAAUACUAGAUCAACAAAUUCAUCGGCGAAAAAAAAUUCAAGAAAACUUUUCUUCUUCCAAAGCGAUUACUUACUUACUCACCUCUCCCACUGGCGAAUUAUCCAAUGAUGUACAAAGUUUUCUUUGGAAGAAGGAAGUCACUGAGUUAGUAAUAACUCAUCAUGACAAAGUUCAUGGGAAAACUUGGGAAGCAGAAUAUAAUAUUAAGAGGAUUGAUGAAUGA